AGACGGUUCCCACUCCACAGCUUGUGGCGCUAAUUCGUGACGUCACUACGAUAUAAACUCUGCUGCCCUUCUCACCGGCCCCAUUCAAAACAACAGUCUGCUUGCUUUCUAUCACGGUGCCUCGCGAAUGCAAGCAGAAGAGUUGCUUCCAGAGUCACAAUGGCGCACUUUUAGUUUUUUUUCUUUUCUGUUUGGUUUGGGUUUUUUUUUUUUUUUUUUUCAGCCUAGUGCCUAUACUAUUUGACUUUUCGUUUCCCUCUCCUUCAGCAGCACCAGCACCAGCAGCCCCUGCCCUGCUCGGCCGGAGCGAUGCCCGCCGGCAUGUUCAGCAUCGACAGUAUACUGUCCGGACGACCGAGCUGCAAGGAGCCGCUGCUUCUCCACCGGGGCGGUCCGGUCGUGUUGCCUGGGGGGCUGAGCGACUCUGUUUAUUCAGACUACAACGGAUUGUACACCGCCGCGUGUGGCCUCCCAGGCCCCGGAGUUCCGUCUGUGAACGGAACCAGAGUCGGAUAUAACGGCUAUUACUACGGACAGCUACAAGUUCAAGGCACCGGAGGACUCCCUUGUUGUGGUGCCGCCGCCGCCGCCGCCGUGCACAGCCUCAGCCCACAGCAAUGCCCUUGCAUCACGCCAGGCUAUGACAGUCCGGGUUCGGUGUUGGUCUCUUCCGUGCCCCAUCAUAUGAUGUCCUACGUGAAUAUGGGCAACUUUUCGCGGAGUGAGCUGCAACUCCUCAACCAGCUGCACUGCCGCAGGAAGCGACGGCACCGAACCAUCUUCACCGACGAGCAGCUGGAGGCUCUGGAGGGCCUCUUCCAAGAGACCAAGUACCCCGACGUUGGCACCAGGGAACAACUCGCUCGUAAGGUUCACCUACGGGAGGAGAAGGUCGAGGUUUGGUUCAAAAACAGACGGGCCAAAUGGAGGCGGCAAAAAAGGUCGUCAUCGGAGGAAUCGGAGAAUACUCCGAAAUGGAACAAAACAAAAAAAACGUCCGCGGAGAAAACUGAGGAGAACAAAAGUGACGUGGACUCGGACUGAGUUAAACGCGUGCACGUUUGCUUGGAUCAGUGGUGAAUGACUUGUGUUGCACAGGUGUACAUAUAUCCUAGUUGCAUUGUCUAUUUAUAUCUAAUUUAAUUUGAAUGUUAAGAGAAUCAAGACACUUGAGUUGAUGUCACUCACCGUACCACACGCGACACCUUUGUAUUCAUGUUGUAAUAUGACGUAUACCUGUCAGUUGCCAACGUAGCGAGAAUGGAAAUGUGGAGUUGUGUUAAUGCGCUGCGAACAGCUUUACAAUGUGGGUUAUGCGGAGUAGAAUAUUUAUUAAAAAAAAAGUCAAUUAAAAAUAAUCCAUAUACUCACGACUGAACAUUAAAACAUAAACCACAUGGCUGAUUUAAUAAUUAUGUACUGUACGUUGCUUGCCAGCCAUAUAUAGGAAUAUUUUUUCCAUUUGAAAACAGGUUAAACCGGAAACAUUUUCACCUCAAUAUAUUGAUUAAAGAUGAAAGUGAUUCUCACUCCAUGUAUACACGGCAUUUUAUCAGUAAGGUUCAGUGACGGAUUUCUACAAGAAUUAGAAUGAUCGCCUAAAUUGAUCACAUUUGGUUGACACGGAGCAAGAGCACUUCGUGGAUUCUGUCCUCAUUGUGCUUCUUUCCGUGCACAUUUUCAACACAUCAUGAAUGUUGGGACGAUUAAAGACUACCCCGUAGGUUUGAAUGCAUAUGUGUGUCAAUUGUUACUCGCGCUUGCACGUGUCCGUACCCGUGCGGCGCCGGCGGCGGCGGCGGCGGCCUGUUCGCUCAGUUGGAAUGUGCGCCAAUUUGCCUACAAGCGGGAAGGGGGCAAAAGUAUCGAUGUUGGAAUAUAAAAUUAUGAUGUGACAAUUAAGGGUUCCCUCCCGACCGGGGACCUAAAAGAAAAGUGUCACUUUAAACCUUUCCUCUAUUAGCCUGUGGUGUAUAAAAAAGAAAUCAACUUAUAAUUCAUCAUUAUUUAGAUACAAUAGAUUCAUUGUCACAGUUUGUACUAAAAGCGAAGUGCGCUGAUUAAUUAUAUUUGGCUCCAUUUUAAAAAAAGUAUUGAAGGAAACGUGAGCAAAUCGCAGGUAUUAUUCAUAACAAAACAAAAUCUAAAAAAAAUAAAUGGGUCGAUUGUAACAUUAGGUAACGCAUGCACUGAAAUUCGUACAAAUAGUUUAUAUUCGACUAAAUACGCAAAUAAGAAAAUACAAUAUAAAAUCGAUUUGAAUCGAUUAUCGCUAUAAUAGGCGAGACACGAGGGCAAAGCAUAUUUUAAUUGUUAGCGUUUAAAAAUUAUCCAACUGUUCCAAAUUUAAGUGUUAGGAGACUUAUUUGUGUGUGUGUGUGUGUGUGUAUAUAUAUAUAUAUAUGUGUGUGUAUAUAUAUAUAUAUAUAUACAUAUAUAUAUAUACUUUGUGAAGUGUUUUGUUAUAGCUGAGUCACAUUUAUUUCGAGGAUGAUAACACAUUUCACAAAGAAUGUC